CUCCAAUCGUUAACUACAUUAAUAUUAUCAACUUGCACUCAGAUAAUAACAUUACUCUCAACCUCUCAAUUCAACGACUAUCCUCACAUCAGGUGGGAUGGCAGACAGUUAUACCAGCACUACUUCUGAUCAACAGAAGCAGGAGGUUGCUUUGGACAUAGGCAACUUAAUGGAUCUAACGAGUAACAGAGGAAUUGAUAAUGGAAAGGAAAUAGAAAUAUCAUCUUAUGAAGAAUAUCCUAGGAAGCGCAUCUUCUAUAAACCAUCUUUGGUAUCCAUUGGACCCAAGUACUCUAAAGAGGUUGAUCAAGUCAAGGACAAGGAAUACAAGAAUAUAUAUAUGAAGUCUUUUCUCGAAAGGGAUGUGGGACACUCGGUGGAUGAGUAUCGGGGAUGCCUUAGGAAUCCAGAGAUGAAAUUGUUGGACAAAGCCGAGAAUUAUUAUAAGGAAAUUGAAAUUACCUACCCCCAUACUGAUGAAGAGCUGGUAGACAUGUUGUUGCUUGAUGGUUGCUUUGUGGUGGAGUUUGUUCUGAAAUGCAAGGAAGGCGGCAAUGGUGAUCCCCGCCGUAGCUUUGAAGGGAAGAAAGCUCGUGAAGACAUGCUUCUGUUCGAGAAUCAACUCCCUUUUGACGUCCUCUCUGCCAUUUAUAAGAAAAUGACUACGGGUAAUACUGACGAAGUUCCUAGUUUCAUAAGACUGGUGAAGUUCGCUUUUGCAUCUUUAGCACCAAAGUUUACCAUUAAUAACUUUCAUGAUGACAAUAAGCCUCAACAACCCAUGGAUCUACUCCAUGUUGUCUACAGUCUUUGUCUUCCGAGCAAUGCCCAAACCCUAGUUUCCCAAGCCGCAAAAGGGAAUGAAGAAAAUAUGUGGCUAAAAUUAAACCAUAUGAACAGUGCCACAGAGCUUAAAGAGGUUGGAGUUAGGUUUGACAAGAUUGGACAAGUCUUCAAUAUGCCAAAGAAAUAUGAAAAUAUUCCAUCACCCGAAUAUAGUGGUGCCAUUAGCUUGUUCGAUAUAACCUUUCAUAAUGGGGUAAUGACCAUACCUUGCUUUAAAGUUGACAACUUCACUGAACUAUUCUUCCGAAACAUGAUUGCCAUGGAGCAGCGCUGCGACACACUAAACCCCAAAUACUUCACCGAUUAUACGAGGUUAAUGGACCACUUGUUGGACACCAAAAGAGACGUCACUUUGCUCCGCAAGAAUGGGAUCAUUCAAAACCUCUUAGAUGAAGAUAAUAAGGUGGCCUAUAUUUUCAACAACCUCAGUGUUGAGGUAGAUACUUCCACCAACUUCUACUUUGCGUCGGUGUACACAGCUGUGAAUAAGCUUUGUCGCAAAAGAAGUCAUGUGUGGAAGCAGAAACUAAAAAAAUUCUUUUACGCUCUAUGGAAGGUGCUUUCUAUUACCUUGAGUGCUAUCUCGUUGUUGCUUUUGGUAGUUGAAGCAUAUAAUAAUAAUAAGUAGUCUACCACUUCAGCAAUGUGUACGUACUAGUACUCUAGUAUAUACUAAUAAAGUCCAAGCAAUGUAUGUUAUGUUGGAAGGUUUGUAUGCAGCUCAUCUAGUUUGUUAGUGGUGAUUGAUGAGCUUAUAUAAGAGUUUGUUAGUAGUGAUAUGAUGUUUUCUUGGUGAUUUUGAUCUAUUGUAAUUCAGUUUGGCUAUAUAUAUAUAUAGCCCUGUUUCUUUGUUUUUA